AUGAAUUGUAUCUAUCAUUUUCCUACAUUUGAACAAGAACAAAGGUCAAAGGAAAAGUAUAUUAAGAUUAGGUUAGCUGCGUUACAAAGAAAAAAGGCUGAAGCAAGUCAAUUAUUAAGUGAAUUUAAUGGUUUGGAGGCUCCAAAGCCAUUUGAUAUAUUUGAACCAUUACAAAAAGUUACAGUAGCCGUAAAUGUACUCAAAGGAUUUAAUUCUUCAAUUCGAAUUCCUUCAAAUGCAUUUCCGAAUUCUUUGGCUCCAAUUAAAACGCAAGCAAUUAGCGUUCCAAAAGAUCCUGUUACAAAGCCACCAAAGCAACCAAUCAAUGCUCCAAAAGUUGAAAUCAAAACUCCUGGAUUUUCUGUUGUUCCUCCUGAAGAUUUGCCUACUGGUUCUGCUGAUGCUUCCACAGAUGUUACACACGAAGCAACGCAAAGAAUACUAUUUUCUCACUCACAACUAGAAAAGAUUCAGAAAAACUACAAACAGGGUAAAGAAAUUCGAAUUUCAAGUCCAAGCUCAUAUAUUUACAUCUAUGAUUUACAUGAAGAUAGCCUCACGGAAUCGAUUUCAAAGCAAUUUUUGCAAAGUUACAUUCCAGUUGAAUCAAAAUCAAUUAAACACCCUGAAUGGCCUCCAAGAUCAUAUGAUGAGGAAUGUAAACUCAUGACGGAGAUGCAAAACGUCGAAUUUAACGAUAAUAUUCAAGAAUGCAAAGAUAUUUACAAUAAUUACUUGGAUACUAAGGUCAAGAACUCCCAAAGGCAGCAAAAAUCAAAGACAUCGAGGUUUAAAGUUGUUAUUGGAAACUUUAUUACUGAUUCUUCCGAUGAUUUUACAGAACCAGAAGAUUACGUCUUAGGUGUUAAUUAA